AUGCGUGAGAGCACUUUGCAGACUGUAAAUGCUGAAGAAGUGAAGGACGUUACCACAAACAUCUGGGUGCUGUUGGCCCAGGCAACUUGCAAUGCUUCCCCAGCAAGGUCAUCUCCAGCCCGGGCAUCCCCAGGACAGGCAUCGCCGGCCCGGGCAUCCCCUUCCAGGUCAUCAUCCACCAGGUCGACCUCCAUAACGGCCUCGCCAACAAGAGUGUACCUCGUGAGGGCAGUGCCGGUGGGAGCCGUGCCAGUCCGGACAGCUCCUGCUAGGUCAGCACCAGUCACCAGGGCCGCUGGGGAGAGCCCAGGUAUCAGCUUGCCCAAGUUCACCUGGCAAGAGGGCCAGAAGCAGCUGCCGCUCAUCGGCUGUGUCCUCCUCCUCAUCGCCCUUGUAACAUCGCUCAUCAUUCUCUUCUAUUUCUGGCGUGGUCACACAGGGAUCAAGUACAAAGAGCCCGUUGAGAGCUGCCCCAGGCAUGCUGUGCGCUGUGACGGCGUGGUGGACUGCAAGCUGAAAAGUGACGAGCUGGGCUGUGUGAGGUUUGACUGGGACAGCUCUCUGCUUAAAGUCUACUCCGGAUCCUCCCAUCAGUGGCUUCCCGUCUGCAGUGACAACUGGAACGACUCCUACUCAGAGAGGACGUGCCAACAGCUGGGAUUUGAGAAUGCCUACCGGACAGCAGAGGUGACCCAUCGGGAUUUUGCCAACAGUUUCGCAAUCUCUGACUACAACUCCACUAUCCAGGAAAGCCUCUACAGGUCGCAGUGCCCUUCUCAGCGUUACAUCUCUCUCCAGUGUUCCCACUGUGGACUGAGGGCCAUGACAGGGCGGAUCGUGGGGGGGGCGCUUGCCCCCGAGAGCAAGUGGCCAUGGCAAGUGAGUCUGCACUAUGGCACCACCCACAUCUGUGGGGGCACACUGAUCGACGCCCAGUGGGUGCUCACCGCUGCUCACUGCUUCUUCGUGACCCGGGAGAAGAUCCUGGAGGGCUGGAAGGUGUAUGCGGGCACCAGCAAUCUGCACCAGCUGCCCGAGGCAAGCUCCAUCUCCCAGAUUAUCAUCAAUGGCAACUACACCGAUGAGCAGGACGAUUAUGACAUCGCCCUCAUGCGGCUCUCCAAGCCCCUGACCCUGUCUUCGCACGUCCACCCUGCCUGCCUCCCCAUGCAUGGGCAGACCUUCCGCCUCAACGAGACCUGCUGGAUCACGGGCUUUGGCAAGACCAAGGAGACAGAUGAGAAGACAUCCCCCUACCUUCGGGAGGUGCAGGUCAACCUCAUCGACUUCCAGAAAUGCAACGACUACCUGGUCUAUGACAGCUACCUUACCCCCAGGAUGAUGUGUGCUGGGGACCUGCGGGGAGGCAGAGACUCCUGCCAGGGAGACAGUGGUGGGCCCCUCGUCUGCGAGCAGAACAGCCGCUGGUACCUGGCAGGAGUCACCAGCUGGGGCACAGGCUGUGGCCAGAGAAACAAGCCCGGUGUAUACACCAAAGUGACAGAAGUCCUCCCGUGGAUUUACAGCAAGAUGGAGAGUGAGGUGCGCUUCCGGAAACCCUAGGCCGCUGUCCUGCUCGCCCCCAGCACUGGCUGCUGUACAGACGGUCAGAGUGGCCGGCCGUGUGCAACAUCCUUUGGGCUAGAGGCCACAGGCACCUUCAUUACUGCCGCCUCCACUGUCUGCUGCCUCGGUGCACGUGUGUGUGUGUGUGUGUGUGUGUGUAUGUGUG